GUCGUGCAGAGAGGCCAUUCACUCUGGCGUGAACCUCCUCAUAAGUGUAUAGCUAAGCGCCAUAUAGAGAGCUUGGUCUAUAACAGCCAUACCCGCAAAGAGGCUUCCUCUGACAGACAUUCUCUGUGCUUCCUUCACGUUUCCAACCACAUCUUAGAUCCUCGGGAAAAUAAAUACUUUACCGACCACUCUACAACACCCACCAUGUCUCGCUUCCGGUCCUCUGCGGAUGACCUGGCUUACGGUGACAUACCACAACGAUGGGAUCGUGACCGCUUCGAACGAUUCAACGCACGUGAUGCACCUCCGAGACGGUUUGAGGAAGACUACCGCUAUGAAGAGCGCGACCGACCCGGCCGGCGCGAUGUCGCCGUCACUGACCGCAUCGAUGAGCGUGGACCUGGCGGAAGCUACCACGAGCGAGACCGCUAUGUGGAAGAAGACCGCUUUGGUCCCGCUCGGCCGCGCAGACGCACUGACAAGGAGCUCUUUGGCGAUGUGGAUCCGCGUGAGCUUGCCAGUAUGGCUCUCACGCCGUAUAGACGUAAAAGCAUUGGCCGGCAGGAGAUGGACAUCGAUAUUGAGCGCCGUGGCCCUCCUCGACCGGGCUUGCUACGCCGGCAGAGCAGUCUGGAUACAUUUGACCGACGGCCGGCACGUUACGCUCGAGAUGACCCUCGCGUUCCACCCUAUGUGCCAGUGCCGUUACCAAUUCGCAAGUACGAGGAGCCCUUCGAAGAGCGCAUACGGUACCGAGACUUUAUCCCUGAGGACUACCGCGAGGUAGAGAUACAGCGCGAACGGUCCGUGCACCGUCAUCGUGAGAGCGAUGCGCGUAGUGAAGCUCGCUCGCGGAAAAGCAAGGCCAAGUCUGUCUCGACUCGACGGACGUCGAUCAGCAGUAGCAGCAGCGAGACAGUCGAAGAGAGCGAGAAGGCGGAAAGCAUCCGUGAGAGCAUCGCGGAGACCGAGCGCAAGAUCAAGCGUGGCAAGACUCGCAUGCCUAAGCGGCUGGUACGCAGAGAGGCGAUUAUGGAUUUGGGCUAUCCCUUUGACGAGGAGGAGAAUUUCUUCGUUCUCCGGAUUGCGUUGGAGAAAGACCAGAUAGAUGAGGUGAUCAAGAUUAGCGAAACCUACAAAGACGGUGAGAAGAAAAAGAUCUACCGCUUCGAGGAGAAGGCGGAAGAUUCUGAGUCCGACUUGACAGAAGUACCAGCCCGCGUCGAGCACGAAGAGGUGACUCGUACCGAGUGGAUCAAUCCACCCACCGAGAUUAUGGCUAGGGCACCGGCAGUACCACGUACCGAACGUGCCCGCUCAGUUCGAGCCUCUUCACCAAGCGCUCAGAGCUCCAUCUCACGACGCACCUCGCCCCCGCGUCGUACUUCACCAUCGCGCACGGUCCGUUCGCACCGCGCUCAAUCUCGCCGGCCGCCGUCACCAGGGACGUUCGUGGAAGAGCGUCGGACAAUCAUCGAAGAUCGAUCGGCCUACCCGCCGCCUCCCCCGCCAGGUGCCAUCCCCAUGCCUGCCGAGCCUUACAUUGACCAUCGAACCUAUAUCUCCGAGCAUGUUGUCGUCCCGCCACCUCCUCCACCGGGCGCGCUUGUUCUAAGGGAGCGCGAGGUACGUUCUGACCGCGACGUUCAGGCCGAGAUCCGUGCUCUUGAAGCAGAGCGUCGUGCGCUACGGCUCGAACGCGAGGCAGAGGAGAAGCGUGGCAUGGCGCUCCCACUGCGCCAGCAUCCAGAUGAGGACUUCCAGCUGGUGGAGUAUCGUGAAAGGAGGCCUAGGGAGGUGGUGGAAGUGGUGGAGCGCGAAAAGAGUCCGCCACGCAAUGUCAUCCGUGUGGAGAAGGACCGGAAAGAGAAACGUGGACCAAAUCCCAGGCUUGUCGCAGCUGCGCUCGCAACACUUACAUGACAGGACGACUACUUAACCGUGCAGAGUCCGGAGGGUUCACUACAACGAUAGACUGCUUGUCCGUUUCACGCCGCUAAGGCAUAUCGAAAUAUGACGCGUGGGUUUAUGAGUCCUGGGACGGAUUCACUGUCAUUUCGAUGGCACAGAAUGAGAUACGAACCUGCAUGACGGAUAAAUUACUUAUGACAAAGCGCGGAGACUGGGAGCAAUCUGUCAUGAUGAGGCUACGAACAGCGAUAUAUGAGCAUCCGAGGUAAUCUCCCG